AGCGGCGCUAUUUAAAAAGCGUCAGCGAGGAGGUGCUUGGCUACGUCCCUCUCUUCCAGUUCCGCUCCCUUGGAUCAGCGGCGAGAGGGGGAGGAGCUUUAGGCCUGAGCCAAGAUGGCGACUGCGAAACCAACCCCCACGGACUCGCUCUCGUUCUGCCUCGCGCAGCUCACAGCGGCGGCCGGGGAGGGUCUAGGUGGGGGAAAGGACACAGCUACCAACGAGACACCCUUGGGGCGUGCGCUCUUAGCCCUCCGCACGCGCCACGUCAAGGCAGCGGGUGGAAUCGAGCGCUUCCGGGCACGCGGCGGGCUCCGCCCCCUUCUCGCGCUGCUGCGGCGAGCGUCUGCAGCGGGCCCCGCCCCGUCCCAGGUUUGCCCCGGCUCCACCCCUUUGUCGGUCCAGUCAGCGGCUUCUGCUGGCCCCGCCCCCUCGUCGGACUCCUCCCCCUCCAUUGCGUCCUCGUCGUCGCCCUCGCCGCCAGCGCGCCUGCGCAAGACCCUGGACUUGGCGCUCAGCAUCUUAGCCAACUGCUGUACGGAAGGGGCGUGCCGGGCUGAAGUGCGCAGACUCGGAGGCAUUCUCCCUUUGGUGACGAUUCUGCAGUAUGUGAAGACAGACAGCAUCCAGAACCGAACAGCUCGUGCUCUGGGCAACUUAGCCAUGGAACCUGAGAGCUGUGACAACAUCCAUUCUGCUGGUGCUGUUCCCCUGCUUGUUGAGAGCUUGAUGGCCUGCCAGGACUCACAGUGCCUGCAGAGUGUGGUUCGUGCCCUCCGCAACCUGGCAGACUCACCCCAGCACCGCCUGGCCCUGGCACAGCAGGGAGCAGUGCGCCCACUGGCUGAGCUUCUGGCUGCUGCCCCAGACCCUGAACUGACCUUGGCCUUAGUCCGUGCCCUCCUAGAGUUGAGUCGAGGCUGCUCCCGGGCCUGUGCUGAGCAACUAAGUUUGGGUGGGGGACUAGGCCCACUGGUCAGCCUGGCCUCCCACCCCAAAAAGGCGGUACGCGAGGCAAGUAUCCUGAUCCUUGCCAACCUGUGUGCCCAGGGCCUGGUACGGCCUGCACUGGGCAAUGCUGGUGGUGUGGAGGUGUUACUGGGUGAACUCCAGCGGCGCCGGGGUCCCAGUGGGGCUGGCCUAGCCUCCCAGCAACCCCUAGUGAGGGCUGUGUGUCUGCUGUGCCGGGAGGCCAUCAACAGGGCCCGGCUGCGGGAUGCUGGUGGUUUGGAGCUGCUGAUGGGCCUGUUGCGGGACCCUUGUGCCAGUGCCUGGCACCCUCGUGUUGUGGCUGCCCUCGUGGGCUUCCUCUAUGAUACAGGGGCCCUGGGCCGGCUGCAGGUUCUGGGACUUGUACCUCUCUUGGCUGGGCAGCUGUGUGGUGAGGCCGGUGAUGAGGAGGAAGAAGGAAGAGAAGCUGCUUCCUGGGACUUUCCUGAGGAGCAGACCCCUGAGCGGGUAGAGGCUGGUAGUUUCCGAAGCCUCAGGUCAUGGCUGAUAUCUGAGGGCUAUGCCGCAGGCCCAGGAGACAUCUCCCCAGACUGGUCCCCAGAGCGCUGUCCUCCGCUUCCACCACCUGAGCCAGCCGAGCCAGCUAGCCCCACCCGGGGUACAGCCUUGCUUCGGACGCCUCGUGCACUGCGCACACCAGGGCCAGGCCGCAGUCCUGCCACCACUGAGGAGCCUUGGGGCCGCGAGGGGCCAGCACUGCUGCUGCUGUCGCGCUUCUCCCAGGCUCCCGACCCCAGUGGGGCGCUGGUGACUGGCCCAGCCCUGUGUGGCCUACUGGCCUAUGUGACUGGCGCACCGGGCCCACCGAACCCACGUGCACUUCGUAUCCUGGCGCGCCUCACCUGCAACCCAGCUUGCCUUGAGGCCUUCGUUCGCAGCUAUGGUGCCGCGUUGCUGCGAGCCUGGCUGGUGCUUGGUGUAGCCCCAGAUGACUGGCCCAUACUGCGUGCCCGGCCCCUCAGUCGCCGCAGCCAGCACCAGUACCAGCACCGGGAGCUGGGUGAGAUGCUGCUGCAGAACCUGUCUGUGCAGGCCGAAUCGCCCUUUGGUGUGGGUGCCCUCACGCACUUGCUGCUCUCUGGGAGCCCUGAGGACCGUGUGGCCUGCGCACUGACCCUGCCCUUCAUCUGUCGGAAGCCCUCUCUGUGGCGCCGACUACUUCUGGACCAGGGUGGCCUCCGUCUCCUCCUCUCGGCACUAACUCAGCCAGCUCCACAUCCACUCUUCCUCUUCUUUGCUGCGGAUUCCCUUUCCUGCCUUCAAGGCCUGGUGUCUCCCACAAGGAGCCUAGCCUUCCCACCUGCAAUCCCCUUGGACCUAGACCUGCCCUCCCCUUGCCUCUAUGAACCUCUGCUGGGCCCAGCCCCCAUCCCAGACCCUGAUCUGCACUUCCUACUAGACUCAGGCCUACGGCUCCCUGCCCAGCGAGCUGCCUCAUCUACUGCCUCCCCUUUCUUCCGGGCUCUGCUAGCUGGCAACUUCGCUGAAGCCCAGAUGGACCUAGUACCACUUCGAGGCCUAUCACCCAGUGCAGCCUGGCCUGUUCUGCAUCACUUGCAUGGCUGCCGGGGCUGUGGGGCAUCCCUGGGCCCCAUUCCCCCGCCAGGCCAGCCCCUGCUGGGCUCAGAGGCUGAGGAGGCACUGGAAGCUGCUGGCCGUUUCCUGCUGCCUGGGCUGGAGGAAGAGCUGGAAGAGGCUGUGGGCCAUAUCCACCUGGGACCUCAGUGUAGUCCAGAGUCAGUGGGUGAAGUAUUCCGCCUGGGCCGGCCACGGCUAGCUGCCCACUGUGCCCGCUGGACACUGGGGCCAGGGCAGUGCCCACGGAAGCGGGCCUUGGCCCUGGUGGGGCUUGUGGAGGCAGCAGGUGAGGAGGCAGGUCCCCUGACUGAAGCUUUACUGACUGUGGUAAUGGGGAUUGAACGGGGGGGCAAGAGUCCAAGCCUAGACUAUUAAUAUCUCCUCGGAGGGGACCCAAGGAUGCGUUGACUAUGAAGAAGGCCUCCCUCAGAGUGGCACGGGAAGAAGUCUGAGCAGAAGGAGUCACCUCUGAAGACUGAUGAGAGGAUGGAACUAGACCCCAGGAUGGUGGACUGAAGACUCAGGAGUAAGAAGCCAAGGCAAGGGUCUGGGCAUGAGGCCCAUGAGAUGGAGAAGGGCCCAGGGCCCCAGGCCCCUGGCCUGGCCUACCCUUCUGGAAUUGAGAUUAAAACUUUGAAAUUGGAUAUCUCUUA